AUGGGAUUAGCACUUUCAAAAAUUCAGCGCUAUAGCAAUAAUGCUCAAAAAAAAGCAAUACCUCAAAUAAGUUCGUCAUCAAAAUUAUCGUCAUCACCGUUACCACCAACGACGACGAUGACAACAGAGGGUCUCUUCAAUCCACAACAUCUCAUAGCAAAACUCGACAUGAAAAGGAUUCGGUCGAAGAAUAAAAGGAAAACGAUGCAUGAUACAUCAACCUCCAACACCGCAUAUACACCCAUUCAUGAAUGCUUGACAGAGGGGGCGCUCGCUUUAGACAUAGGAUGUGGGAUGCACGGAACUUGGCUUAUUGAUAUGGCUAAUCUUUAUCCUCGAUCUCUAUUCACAGGAAUCGACAAACAACCGUUACAAGAUUGCACACUGCCGCCUAAUGCUGUUUUUAGUCAUGCUAAUCUUUUAGAAGGCAUAAAUUUUCCUAAAGACACUUUUUCAUACGUGCAUUCGCGAUUCUGGGUCGCGUAUUUGAAUAAUGAAGAAUGGAAUCUUUUGAUAAAUGAGAUUAUUCGUGUAACUAGACCUGGUGGAUAUAUUGAGAUGAUUGAAUUGGAUGUUAUGACCGAGAAUGCUGGAAAACAUACUACAUAUUUGAAUAAUUCAUUGCUUUCAAUGCUUAAUGCACGCGGUAUCGAUGGAUUAAUAACAGAUCGAAUCGAACAAAUGUUAUUAAGUUCCGGAAAAGUUGAAAUUAUAAGAAACGAAGCUCGAUCACUACCAAUAGGAAAAUGGACAGAAACUUCAGGCGAAAUGUCUUUUCAAGAUAUGGAGCAAGGGUAUAUAGCGAUUAAGCCAUAUCUUUGUCCGUACAUGAACAUUAAUGAAGAUACUUACGAUGGUCUUGUCGCGCUUGCCAGAUAUGAGGCUCGAAAUAUGAAAGCUACUAUUCCAGCUCGUCAUAUUAUUGCAAAAAAACUUUAA